CAUGAGCUCGCCAGCUGUCCAGGUGUGUACCUUGCAGAAUCCCCAGUGGAGCCUCAUGACACUUUCUCUUUCAGGGCUCUCGUGUACAGCCUGAGUUCCAGCCUCACUGAGCCGGUUACCCCCAAGACCUUCCUGCAGAGGAAGCCUCCCCCAGCGCUGACCAUGUCUAUUAUGGACCACAGCCCCACCACAGGUGUGGUCACAGUCAUCGUCAUCCUCAUCGCCAUCGCUGCCCUGGGGGCCUUGAUCCUGGGCUGCUGGUGCUACCUGCGGCUGCAGCGCAUCAGCCAGUCAGAGGACGAGGAGAGCAUCGUGGGGGAUGGCGACACCAAGGAGCCCUUCCUGCUGGUGCAGUACUCAGCCAAGGGACCAUGUGUGGAGAGGAAGGCCAAGCUGACCCCCAAUGGCCCAGAAGUGCACGGCUGAGCUGGGAUGCGAAGGCUCCUGGGCCUGUUUGCAGCCAGCCAAGAGGCGUGGGAGGGGAAAACCACAGACGUGCUGCCGUUUGAGAGGAGGGGUUGACGCUGGCAUGCCCUCGCCGGGCUUCAUUAUCGCAUGCACUGACUCCUGGGGUCCCAGCUGUCCUAAGCCAGGACUUGGUGGCCCUGGGCAUUCCCUCUGCCUCCUGGUGGAGCUGCCCAUUGCAGGCAGUGGGCAGACCUGACCUUGCUUUUGUUACUUGAAUGUUUAGCUGAGCCUGUUUUGAUGGCGCUACUACUGUAACGCGUGAACUCACAAACCUGUGAAUUGUAAAUAGGACCCAGAAGCACGUGCUUAAACCUUUUUUGCUGAUUUUAAAAAAUACUGCAUAGUGUACAUGGGAUUUACCGUACUAAUAAGCUGAGUCGAGGCUGUGGGGGAGGGUCUUGGACAUGUAAGGCCCAAGUUGCACUUGGCAGGGGACUCUAAUACAUGUGUGUGUUCGUA